AUGGACGAGCGCGUACGGACGGCGUUGAAUUGGGCCAUACACUGGAACAUUCACACGGACAACCUGGCCUCGCAGAGCCACCUUUGCCAGGCGUGGCGACAGGUAUUGGAGGUGGCGUUUAUCAACGCGCCGCAGCUCCUGUUCGGUCCUCGCGAGGACCCUUCGAAGGCCGUCGCUUCCAGGAGGCUGCUGCCCGCCCUGCUGCUGGGCAUGCUACGGAAGCUCACGGGGAUGGGGGGCGCGGACGACAAGCUUCUCAAGCCCCUGGGCAGGGCUUGUCUAUCCGUGGCAGGUGUGAUGAGGGACCUGGGGGCUUGGGCGCCGCUGCAGCUGGCCGAGUCGAAACAGCUGAUCUCGUCUCUCCUGCAGUGCCUGGCAGGGACGAAGGGACUUGUAGCUUCCUCCAUGGAGAACACCCCGGGGGACGGUUCGAAGACGUACCGCGCGUUCCUGUACGGCUGCCUGAUUCACCUCCUGGAGCACACGCAGGGAGAACCACACGCUGACUGGUUCUUGGGGGUCAGGGCGGCGCCAGGGGCCGGUUCGGCCGCCGAAACGGCGGCGGGGCGCCCGGCGACGUCGUUGAGUCACGCCGCGCUCCGCGAGGGCCACCGCCUGCAGAACAGGGAACUCCUCAGGGAGCAGAUCGAGCCCCUGGCGCACAUGCUAAAUGAAGACUCGCGCUACGCACCUGACGUGACGCAGUGUCUAGGGCUGUCUCUUCUGUCGUCCAUCGUUAACACCCUGGGGGCGGCCUCGCCGGGCGGAAUGGAUGGUAGGGAGCGCGGUAACGGUGGUGGUGGUGGUAGUGGCGGUGUUGCGGCGUCUUUGGGGUGUUUGAGCGAGGACGAGCGGGUCGUGAAGGAGCUGCAGGGCGCCCAGACGCGAACGGCUCUCCUGGGUUUCCUGCACAGCAAGGCAUUCUUUGGCGAGCUGUCGAAGCUACUCGGCGGGGUGAGGCCCGGUUCUGGCAUAGCGCUUUCGCCGCUAGUGAUGGAGGCCAUUUUCGGGCUUUUCACACAGGUGGCGUGUUCAUCGGAGGGGGCGGGGCAUCUGCUAGACGCCGGCGUGGUGAAGAGGCUCUCGGAAAGCGAGAGCAUGGCGAGGGCGAGCCAGAUCGCGGGGCAGGCCUCGAAUCUGGGCGCGCUGGGCGCCACCCGCGGCGAUUCGACGGCAGUCUUCCAGCCGGACGGGCCCGAGUCCCUCCGGGUGCUGGUGGUCCCGUCGCUCCUGCUCCUCCAGGGGAUGCUUUCCUCCCUGCCGGACAACGUGCUCUUGGCCGACCAGGCCGCGUCGCUGCUGUCCCGCCACGCCCAGCUGGUCAGGCACGUGCUGCUGUUCAAGGAGUCAUCAUUGGGCGCGCUCGACGCCAUGUCGGCGGUGCUGGCCGUGCUGACCCACGUGUCCAAGCCGCCAUUGCAGGGGGUGCUAGACCGCACUCCAGGCACAGACGUUGCUCGCGGUUGGCGCGAUCUUGCUGAGCGAGCCCUGGUAGCGUUCGGCGGCAAUCCUUUGCCUCAAGGCGCGGGGGUCGGCGGCGGCGGCGACGGCGGAUGGUGGGAGGGGGUGCAGCCGCUGACGCAUGGAGAGCGAUCCAUGGCAAACGAGCGUUGCCGAGCCCCCCCCGGGGGCCCGUCGGAGUGGAGCGCGUUCGACACCGCCAAGCUCGAGGCCAGCCAGAGGGCUCUCGCCCAUGCGGUAGACGUGCUCAGGUGCCAGGCCGCCGCCGCAGCAGCAGCGGCAGCAGCGGCAGCGGCCGGCGGCACUCCCCCGGGCCCGCCGGUGGCGGUGGCGGUGUCCCGGCUCGCCGUUAGCCCCGAGGGGCUGUGCGUGGCGUUGAGAGCGUGCGUAGAGACCGGGGGUGGCGGCGGUGGGGUCGGGGGCGCCGCGGGCGGAGGGGGGCAAAGACUGGGCCUUGGGGUGGGGGGGGGUCAUCGGGCUGACGCGUUGGGGGCGAGGGCUUCGAACGGUGCGGCGGGUUGUAGCGGGAACGCGCGUCUCUUGAGGGGCCUGCCGUAUGUGGUGGAAGGUCUGCUGGCGGCGCUGCUGGUGCUCGUGGACGCCGGUUCCGAAGAGGGGAGAAGCCAGCUGGCGGCCUACCGGAAAGGGCUCGUGCCGACUCUCACGGAGCUGCUGCAGGACACCUCCAGGGACCCCUUCGUGCUGCGGUCGGCGCGGACGCUGAUUGGUCGGGUGUCCGCGCGGGAGAGCUUGGUCGCAUCUGGCUCGAUGGACGUGGCUUGAGAACAGCAACAAACAGCGCUACGAUAGCACGGUUCCACGGCAGUUUUUAAAGACACACGCGCUUGAUAUUCCCAUGAGGCAACCGAACACGGCAGGGGCGAUCGCAAGGAGAUUUUUAGGUGUAGGGCUUGGUUCGGUUGGGGUCACCGAUGGAAGUUUUGUGUUGGGGGGAGGCGGAGAAUUCUUCGAAGAGCGAGCGGCCUUUCAUCCCCCAUGUCUCGCGGCGGAUGACUUUAGUGAAACGGCGACUUUUUCUCUCGUGUGUUUGUGGGGAUGGACUACCGCGGUGGAGCGGUCGUUGUUCGGAAUGGCGUUGGCGUUUUUUCUUUGUUUUGGUCGUUUUUAUUAUUUCGUUGUCUUGUGACUCUCAUGUGUUGGGUGGGUACACGUACUUGCUGCGCGUUUGUUCUAGCGUUCCCAGGUGUGGUGGACUUGUUUUCCGUCUCUCUGCAAGAGAACGGGUGUCGGAGCUCGGCCCCAUGAAAGUAGUCUGGUUGUUUCACGAUUGUGUUCGGGCUCUUCUACCCAAAAACAAGACAAGCGCGACAGCGCGAAUGCAGAGAAGGGGUAGAAACUGACGC